AUGACACCAGCACUGCCGACAAAGUUUCCAUGCUGGUGUCGAGCGAUUUAUUCAUGGGGAGGGGAGUCGAAAAGAGAUCUUGGAUUUGUUGAGGGAGAUCUGAUAGAAUGCCUCAAUGCCGGUGACGGUUCAUGGUGGAUGGGGCGUUUGCGCCGUGAUAAACGGAUGAUGGGGCUGUUCCCUUCGAACUUUGUUGUGGUCCUUGGGGAAGAUUUCGUGCCUGUGACUCGAUCCACUACAGACGCCUUGACUCGAAAUGAUAGUGCGGAUUCUCGCAGUCUUAAAAAGCAACGAACGGUCUUCCGGAAGCCAUUUCAAGCACACAGACACGCGGUAACUCCAGGGGAGGCCAAUCGACGAGCUCGAGAAAAACUAUCAGAGACACCUUCCACAGCGACCUCUCGGGAAAAUACACCACCGCGAUCAAUUUUACCGCAAAAACCUCCACGAACACCAACCACUGCAAUCAGAGCUCGCAACACACUGAACAGACCGCCGUCGCAGACAGUAUCCCCAAGUCCCGCUGAGAAUGCUCGUGCGCCGUCACCAGUGCCUCAAACGCGCGACGACUUCGUCUCAACCGCACCUUCCUAUCCAGUACCCUCGAAAAUGACGCUUGAAGACGUCCCUUAUGUUCCUCCGCAACCUCCAGUGCGCGAGGCAUCCCCGUCUCCUCCACCUCCGCCUCCACCUCCUCAUCGAGUGGCAGUAAGGAGCCAGCAGCAUCGUAUGAGCAUAGCGCCUACGCCAAUCGAGAUGAAUAACCGUUAUACUGUAUUCGCCAAAACGCCACCUCCACGUGAAACAUCUCCUCUACCUCCCAGUCUCUCACCUGGCCAUUCACCUGGGCACUCGCCAGGUGGCCACUCGUCAGUUGGUCAUGGCAACACUCCCUCACCGCUAAGAGAUGCCAUGGAAGAUGUGAUGACUUCUUUGCAAGACAUGGGUCUACCUCGUGGCGCCCCAUCUCCUUCUCCUACCCCCCAAUUUUCUAAUCCAUGGUCACCCGAUGCAUAUAACGAGAUUCGAGCGACGAGUCCACGGCCUGCCCGACCUCGGGCGAACACAUCCUUGGGUUUCGGCUUGGACAGCGAAGAGGAUAUUGAUCAUGGAGUAAAUAGAUUUGAUGAGCAACAAGCUUACGGUCAGAGAUACUAUGACGGACCCCCUCAGUUCAACAACUAUGUACAAAGAAUGGAAAGUCGACUCAGACAACUUCACGACCAGUCAGAUCAGUCGACCCAGGAUAGUGAAGAUGAUGUUGGACCACCACCGCCGCCGAAACAACAUGGAUACCAUGCUAGGCAUGACUCAAUUGGUGUACCGCGGCCUCAGUUGCGGGCGCGAAAAUCUGCAGUGGAAUUGGGUAAACAGUUCUUAAACCGUACAAUGACUAAUAAAUCCAACACAACGAAUUCUUCAAGUGGUGUUCAGAGCACUUUCACGACUGAUACAACUAGUACGAACACCACCGCCAGUUUGAUGAGUGGAACUUCAGCCGGUCAGUUCAGUGCAACGAGUGCGGGAAGUUUUGCAAGACAUGGGCAGGCAAAAUGGGGCAGUUUUUCGGCUGAGCGGCCGACAACGGGAAUGGAUAGUUUAAACAGAGGCAUUUUUAGUGACCUUGAAAGACCGCUGACACCAAUCAGUGGCAUUUCUUACCAUUCCAGCCACAAUACUUCCAGGCAAGGCGCUCAAUCUGCUGUACCAUGGUCACCCAGCAAAGAUCUGAAUGAUUCACCUGGAGUCUUCGGUGGCCUGUCCACACCCAAAGUCAAGAAGAAUGGAUUUCUUAAGCGGUUCCUUGAAUCUGCCAAAACUGGGGCGGCAACUGCUCGAAGCAGCAUUCAGUCACCACAUAGUGGUGGGUCCCCGUCACCCACCAAGCAUCGAUUCACUCAGUCAUUCGGCUCGUCACGACGCUCAGAACAGAAUGCUUCGCAGCCAGACCUAGGAACCAGCAGUUCCAUUGACUGGGUGCAAGUUCGACGUGAUGUGAACCGAGCAAGCACGCCAAGUCGAAAUGAGCGUAUUGAGCGCGCGGAACGCUGUCAAAUGAUGGACCAUCCAGUUAUUUACGCCGUUGAGGAGCUUUACGAAACGGCAGAAGGAGAUGAAAGUAUCGAUGGUCUCCCACUUAGCGAGCCCACGAAUUGGGGAGCCAUUAACCUUAACCUAGUGGACAAGAGCACACGAUUUAUUAGCAGUCUGCCACCCUUGACGAACCCAGCCAGUUUAGCUCAAGGUUACAUCUGUCGACCAUAUAAGAGCGAUGUCCAGCGUUUAAGAGCCAUCUUCAUCUGGGUCAGCGAAAAGAUCGCGUGGGAGGAACCAUUGGACGAAAAUGAGGUGGACUUGAAACGCGUGAUUAAUAUGAAGCGCGGAUGUCCUCAGGACGUUGCAUUUCUUGUCCAGGAAAUGUGCUCUGCUGUUGGACUGCAUGCAGAUAUCAUCAAGGGCUACUUGAAGAGUCCCGGAGAGCUUCUAGACCUGACUGCCCUCUCCCGACCGAACCACUGGUGGAACGCCAUACUGAUUGAUGGUGAAUGGCGAUUCAUGGACUGUUCGCUGGCGAGUCCCACAAAUCCCAAACGUAGUCAAUUCGUGACAACGAACUCUCAACAUGCCGAGAGCUGGUAUUUCCUUGCUCGACCUCUCGAAAUUUGCUACACACAUAUUCCUCUUCAUCCUGAAGAACAGCAUAUUUGCCCGCCCAUCUCUCCAGACGUUCUUUUAGCUCUGCCUCCAGUCAGUCCAGCGUUCUUCAAGAACUCGAUGCAGAUACCUAAUUAUGAUACGAGUCACAUUCGCAUUGAAGGUUUGGACAUCAUGCAACUACGCAUUCUCGUUCCACCAGAUGUUGAAUGCGCUGCUGAGGUCGAAGCCCCGGCGUUCGCCCGUGAUGUUGAUGGUGACUGGUUUGAGAGUGGAGAUGUUGUACGCAAACGUGCGCUCGCUCAGCCCGAUUGGAUUCGCGGUCAGAAACGCUUCACGAUCAAGGCACUUCUCCCUGGUGAUGAAGGACAAGGCGUACUCAAGAUCUAUGCAGGCAAGAAGGGGUUGAUGCAUUCAAGCAGAGACAUUCCUCAUCCACUUGCUGUCACGUUGCCAAUUCUGCACACCGGAGAGAACCCCCCGUACGAGUUCUUGCUGCGACACCCAACUCCUCAUGCACAGCGUCAUGAUCUGUACGUGAUUCAGCCGCAGUGUGGCAAGCUGGCAAUCAACAACACUUUUGUAUUUGCCGUUCGGCAACACCCAGCCGCGCCGUUUUCAAAAUCCAGCAGUGGGGAUAUCCCGGGUGAUGGGCGGGUGUCACCCUCAAUUAUGCGUCCAUCCAGUGCCCUGAGCAUGGUGUCCAGCAGUUACGGUGGAUCCGUAGCUUCUAGUACAUCAUUAGACGGCUUUACGGCGAAUACAUCAGUUGUGUCAUCAAGCAAGUCCACAUCGAAUCGAGAUAAGCCCGCUAAAUUAGCCAUACAAUCGCCAUCCGGGAAGAUUCUGCGUCUCAUGCGCAAAGCGGACCAUAUGAUUAGCACGACCAACGAGAAUUCCGAUUCAUUGACCGAAGGCACUCCGGACGGUAGCGUAUGGGAGACUGUUAUAAAGAUUGGCGAACGCGGCGUUUGGCGCGGACUUGUUUUGGCAGAUCGCAGUGCGCGAUGGUGCGUGUUUUGCGAAUGGGAGUCUUACUAAUUUGCAUUUCUUUUGCCCGGUUUGGUUCGACAUACAACUAGAGGGCUUCGGCGGUUUAUCUUUGCUUCUUUCAUUUUUAUUUUUUUUCAAAGACCUUUUCCUUGUCCCGUGUUCAUUUACCGGCGCAGGAACGGCGUUAAUAGAGCGAAUGAGUCUGUCUCAUUCCAUUGUCCAUUGCAUUGCAAUUAGCGGCUUUGCUUGAAAAUCUUGUUUCAUACUUCUGUUUUUAUCAUUGUUCUCCAUUGCAUUAUUUUUCCCCCUUGUUUGAAGAAAUCUUUGGGAUUAAGAUGCAUGGAUCUUCAAGUUUUCUAUUUUCCUCCACUGACGAUCAGGAG